GGUCGGCCCCAGCGAGCGGUUUCCUCUCGCCUUCCCUCCGUCUUCUCUUCCCUGCGCCCCUCCGCCGCCGUGCCCCCGGAGAGAACGCCGCCUGCCCGCUCCGUAAGGGAAUCAGUAGUUUCCUGAAUAAACCAGAGAGUCACCUGAGACGCAAAGAUGUUGGAAGAAGAUAUGGAGGUUGCCAUCAAGGUGGUAGUAGUAGGAAAUGGAGCUGUUGGGAAGUCCAGUAUGAUUCAGCGAUAUUGCAAGGGGAUUUUUACAAAAGACUACAAGAAAACUAUUGGUGUAGAUUUCCUGGAAAGACAGAUCCAAGUUAACGGUGAAGAUGUCAGGCUAAUGUUGUGGGACACUGCAGGUCAAGAGGAAUUUGAUGCAAUAACUAAGGCCUACUACAGAGGAGCCCAGGCUUGUGUUCUUGUGUUUUCUACAACUGACAGAGAAUCCUUCAAAGCAAUCCCUACCUGGAAGGAAAAAGUUGUGACCGAAGUUGGAGACAUUCCCACAGUUCUUGUGCAGAAUAAGAUUGAUCUUCUUGAUGACUCUUGCAUAAAGAAUGAGGAAGCAGAAGCACUGGCAAAGAAGCUGAAGGUGAGGUUCUACCGAGCGUCUGUGAAGGAGGACCUGAACGUGAGCGAAGUUUUUAAGUAUUUGGCUGAUAAAUAUCUUCAAAAGCUCAAGCAACAAACGGCAGAAGAUUCAGAACUAGUACAUACAAGCAGUAACAAGAUUGGUGUUUUUAAUACAUCUGGAAGUCACUCCAACCAAAAUUCUAGCACUCUUAAUGGUGGAGAUGUCAUCAACCUUAAACCAAACAAACAGAGGACCAAGAAAAACAGAAGUCCUUUUAGCAACUGCAGUAUACCUUAGACCACUUUUGGAGGAAAUUAAGCAACUCAGAGAAUUGGAUGAAGUUGUGCAAUUGAAUACAGAAUAAAGCCAGCUUUAGAGGUAUUUUUACCGGUGCUUUAGUAAAUCUUGUGCCUCCUUGACUGAGGGUGGAUUUAGACGAACUUGCUGAUGCUUUGGGUUUGUUGCAUGGCGAGAGACACCUGGUGGCGACACACAGAACCGUGGCUGCCUCGUGCACUUUGUGCAGGUUAGGUGAGCCUUUCCUUUUUCAAGGAAUUUCUUACAGAGCUAUGAACUAGGUUAUUGCUGAAUUUCAAAGCACAUUUAAUGUAAGGAUAGUACUUACACGUAUAGGUACGGACUGUAAUUCUAUGGCCCAAGAUAAUGUAGCAACCUUGCAACUAAAUUUCAAAGAAAAUAUUAGAGUGGUUAGUCUGGACACUACCAAGAUAAAUGAAGAGCAAAAAAAACACUCAACACUUAAUUUUAUGCCUGACCAUAUUAGUAUGGAUUCUGGCAGUCCUGUGGGUGCAAGAUCCUUGCAUUAUAUAUAUGUGUGCUAAGGUAUAUAUGUAGACAUUUGGGAUGAUAUCUAUGCUUGGUUCCAAUGUGUAUAUUACUUGGAGAUCAGCUAAUGAUCAUCAAAUAGCAUCUUCCAACUGUCCUUUAAAAAUGUUGCAUUUCAGAAGAGGCUUUCCAAGCUGCCACUGUGUGUGUUUAACUUGCUAUACUUCAGGCCUAAAAGCUUAGAUUUAAAAAUGUAUGGUGCCAAAACUGCUCCUUUUUACCUAAUGCUAUGCUACAGAUGUUUUGUAAGAAGUUUGUUUUUCUCAGUCAUAACAGAUGGAACAAAUAACUCUAAUAGCUGUUCAGAAGGAACACAUAAUAAUCUUCUUAUUGUUGUAUCCUGUGUUGUCUUACGAAAAAGGAAUUUUCAAAGUGGUGUUACAAAGUAUUUAUCUAAUUUGAAUUUUUUUUAUAGAUACCAUAAACUAAGUUACAGGGAUCCAAAAAAUUGCAGCUGAUUAUAUUAGGGAGACAUUCUUGAAUGUUGACUCAGAUUUCAAGUUAAGGAAAUCUAAUUCUGGAAGAUGAGAGACAUGGCAAAAAAUUUUCAAAGUGCUUCAGUAAUUUAGAUGUUUAGGAGCCCAAAUCUAACUUCGAAGUUAUUUGGGCUAAGGCUCCUAAAUCACUAAGGUGCUUUUAAAAAUGCUAAGCAAGAUACCUUUUAUUUAGCAAAAAUGAAGACUUUAUAAUCUUCUUCAAGAGCAUGCAUGCCUUUUAGAAACUAUCCAUUUUAUUUACAUGUUUUGUAUGGUAUGAUAUAAUUUUAACUUUCUAAGAUUUCUACAAGUCUGCCAGUGACAAAUGCAAAAUAUGCUGCUUAAAAAAAAUCAGAGUUUUAAUAGUUUUAUAAAUGGUGUAUGAGAAUGAAAAUUGGUUGAGUGAUCCUGUAUAUUUUUGAAGGAAGGACUUUUCACUAUGUGAAUUCAUGUAGGAAGCUUGACUGACUUUGUUUCUAAGUCAAUGAGUAUGAAAACUGAAAUGUAUACUUAUUCCCAGUGUCUGCAGGGAGAGAAGUGAGUGGCAAGUUAUGCACAAACACUUAAGAUCUCUGAACUCUGUAUUUUAUGUUUACUGUAUUAGACUUUGUACUGAGUACUGCAGUUUCUUUGACAAGCUGUUAGAGAUCUCCUGUUGCUGGCAAGGAGGAGGGCACCCCAUCCCUUUUGCUACUGCAGCUAAACCAUGUGUUCUUCACCAUAAUGUCUCCUGUAUUUUCUCUUGGAUAAAGGCCUCCAUUUUUUAACAAGUGCAUUUAAUCACUGUAUCUAUAAAUGGAGUCAAGUCCCAUCUGUCUUAGCAGUUUAAUAAGUGAGGUACUUGGGAUAAGAUGACUGAACAUCAUGAGGCCACCUCACAACUUAAGGUACAGUGUAUGCAUGAAAAAAACUGUUUUUAAUAUGGAAACUUCUACAUUUCAUUGUCUAUCUGCAAGUUUCUUGGGGUUUUAUUAAUUUUUCCUGAAAAAGAAACGAAACCACAAAGUGUGUGAAACAUCUUUUUUGCCUUGUUUGACUUCGUACAGGGUACUGAAAAGUAAGUCUUUAUUAUGUAUAAUGACAAUUUGUACUAUUUUAUGUUAUACUGUGACACACUGUACAAUUAAUAUAGGCUGUUUGUAUGUAAAGUAUGCCACUACUGUUUUUAAUGACUCAAUAGUAAUUUUCAUAGAUGGAGACUUGACAGACUUGAUAAAUUUAAGAUAUGUUGAAAUGUAGUGCAUAUACUUUAAUGUAGGAAUAGUUAUUUGCAGCAUUGGGUAACAGUGAGUUUUCAUUUUACUCCCCUCCUAAAUCUAAAGUGGAUCUUUCCUUGUUGAGACGUUGCAGUGCUUGUUCUCCAAUAUGACUGAGAUGGAAAGUGCCCAAAUUAGCAUCUUUCUGGGAAAUGCCCUGCAUGUACACUGCUUGAAAUUUUUGAUUCUUAGUGUGUAGAUGUAAACCAAAUGACUUGGAUAUUGCAGGAACCCUUACGUAUUCACAUCACUCUUCAGUGACACUAACUCUUGCCUUUUGGAAGAAGAGACAUGCCUAAAUGUUUUAGCACUUGUGUUGUCCCUCAUGAAUAAUUUUUUAUUACAAACAUUAUUUCAUUCUCCACUCCAAGUGUACUCAUUAAAAUAUAGUAUGUUUUAGUCAGCAAAACCUACAGGUGUGGGGCUGGUAAUAAAAAUGCUCUUCUCUUUGCAACCCUGGGACUGCAUGGUGGGUGAGGAUGUAGCUCUGUUACACCCAUGAUACCCUGGAUUAAGAGCAAGAGAUGCUUGUCCCACAAGAUACAAAAUUCAUUGCACUCCUGUAUAUUCUUUUUGUAUCUCUUGAAUAGCUUACUGGCUGUAUUAUCUUGAUUUUGCCACAAUUCUUUGCCCUUGGCUGAUAAAGCUACCAUUAGCAGGAAACUUUAGUGAUUGUUAAUGCCUUAGUGAAAUAGGGAUUCACUAAAGAGUAUGACACUACAGCUUUGUCACUUCUCUGUUAUAUCCAUUCAGUGAAUGGGUGUUCUCCCAGUACGUGGGGCAUCGUUAGAUGCAAAGCAGUAAUGCUAGGGAUGUAUUUCCAACUGGAAAUAGAAAAUCUCAAAGUUGUAUGACUGAUCACACUUAAUUUUUGUGCUUGUGUGUGUGGUUAAUUAAAAAGAAAAUUAAAUAUUCCACUUAAUUCAAUUUUGAAGUAUUAUUUUCAGUGUUUCUUAAGGCCAGACUUUUAUAGUCCAAGUGCCGGAAUUAUCACAGUCAGUCUCAUUUCCUGUUUAAUUUUUAUGCUUCAGUAAAAUACAACUUCUUAUUUUCUUCAUUAUUGGGCUGCAGAACAUCUGUCAUGAGGUUUUCCUUCACAUAAUUUUUGUGGAGGUGGUAUAAUCUAAAGAACAUUGAGCAGCUGACCACACAGCACUCUGAGGGGUUAUGUGGGGUACAUGCACAAGACUCAGCAAGCCUGCACUUGAAGCUGUCCAUGCACCCUUCAGGCUGAGAGCUCCAGGUGUUAACAGGGUCAGUGAUCUGCCCUUCUCCUCAGAGUUCAUUGUACAGUGAGCCAACACAUAUGCUGCUCUCAUUCCAGUGACACUACCCGAGCCCCUGCUGCUCUUCUAAAUGUAGUCAUAGACCUUUGGUUGAAGUUGCAGAACCUGAACACUAACUGUACCAAAAUUAGAGUGCAAGAAUGGUCCAGCAGGCUUGAAUUCAUCAAAACUACCUUGCCAUCUUUUUGUAGGAAGCAAAAGCUGUGCAGAUACUCUUUCUAAUGCACAAAUAAUAUUGAGACAAAAAAAUAACUCUCUGUUAAUUAUGGCAUCCAAGCAGGUAAUCAGAAUUAUACAAUGAAAAACACAGCAAUGCUUAGAUUUAAAAUGAAAGGUGCUAUAAUGGAAUAAGAGAAACCUGCAACUGUUCCAUGUUGCAGUGUUCUGUAUGAGUUAUCUCAAAGCCAGGUGAGUCCUAGUACUGAACUAGGCUCAUUCUCAGGUUUCUAGAAGGGUAAUACAGAUAAAUAGUUUGUCAGUUCUGCCAAACUCACUUAAGUUGAUAAGAAAAACUAAAAAUUACUGUGGACCAGGAGGAACACCACUCUCAUUGUGAGGAUUAAGAUGCAUUGAUACCAAUGGCUUAAAUGCAAAUGGCUAAAAGAGGAAAUGUACAUAACUGAUUUUAUCACCAUCAUGCUCUCAAGUAAAUGUAACAGAUUUGUAGAAAAAAAGGUCAUCAUACCAUAAAUCCUUGAUCAGAAGAAUCAGUGUUUAAAACUGAGUAUCUUGUGUAUGCUGUUCUGUAAAAUCCCUACAAAUUAAUUCUGCUGUUCUCUUGUGACACUAGUUGCAUCAUGCAACUUAAAAUGUUUGUUUGCUUGUUGUUGAGUCUGAUAUAAGUCACUACUUUUGUGGUUAUAUUAAAUUGUGAGUAUAUUAAAUUUCAAAAAUUGCUGUAA